AUGGCGGAAGCAACGAAUCCCAAGGAUGUGGCCACUAGCGGUUCACUGAUCGAGGCAGCCCUGAACGGAAAUGUAAAACUGGUGCAGCGUUUACUGGAGGUUGGAGCAGAAGUGGACAAGACUGAUGAGGAUGGUCACACUCCGCUGUUACUAGCAGCCCUCAUGGGACAUGGGGAUGUUAUGCAGAAGCUGCUGAAAGCUGGAGCAAAUGUGAACAAGGCUAAGCAGGACGGAGUCACUCCACUGAUCAUAGCAGCCUGGAUGGGACAUGUGGAAGUUGUGCAGCAGCUGCUGAAGGCUGGAGCAGUAGUGGACAAGGCGGAGCAGGAUGGAGCCACUCCACUGAUCGUAGCAGCCUGGAAUGGACAUGUGGAAGUUGUGCAGCAGCUGCUGAAGGCUGGAGCAGAGGUGAACAAGGCCAAACAGGACGGAGGUACUCCACUGAUCAUAGCAGCCCAGAAGGGACAUGUGGAAGUUGUGCAGCAGCUGCUGCAGGCUGGAGCAGAGGUGGACAAGGCCAAACAGGACGGAGGUACUCCACUGAUCAUAGCAGCCCAGAAGGGACAUGUGGAAGUUGUGCAGCAGCUGCUGCAGGCUGGAGCAGACGUGAACAAGGCUGAUGUGAACGGAUUCACUCCAGUGUUCACAGCGGCCCAGGAGGGACAUGUGGAAGUUGUGCAGCAGCUGCUGAAGGCUGGAGCAGAGGUGGACAAGGCUAAGGAGGACGGAGCCACUCCACUGUACAUAGCAGCCCAGAAUGGACAUGUGGAAGUUGUGCAGCAGCUGCUGAAGGCUGGAGCAGAGGUGGACAAGGCUAAGGAGACCGGAGCCACUCCACUGUACAUGGCAGCCCAGAAUGGACAUGUGGAAGUUGUGCAACAGCUGCUGAAGGAUGGAGCAGACGUGGACAAGGCUAAGCAGGACGGAGCUACUCCACUGUCCAUAGCAGCCCAGAAUGGACAUGUGGAAGUUGUGCAGCAGCUGCUGGAGGCUGGGGCAGACGUGGACAAGGCUAGGCAGGAUGGGGCCACUCCACUGAAUAUAGCAGUCCAGGAGGGACAUGUGGAAGUUGUGCAGCAGCUGCUGAAGUCUGGAGUAGACGUGGACAAGUGUCUGCAGGGUACUGUCAAUGAGGGAGCAUAUCAAGGUUUGACGGCACUCCACGGAGCAGCAGCUUAUAAUCACUUUGACGUCAUCGGCGUACUUCUUGUCAAAAGUAAAGGCGCCAUCAACCAGAAAUUAAUGUUUGAGGACUUGGAUUCUAAUAAGAAGUAUACAGAUGUGACCCCGCUCCAUUUCGCCGCAGUCCUGGGUAACCUGAACAUCGUUAAUCUCCUUGUCAGCGCAGGAGCAGACACAACAUGCCAAGCAAUGAUCAAGGAAAUGGGGAGUGGGGAGAGAGAUCCCUAUGAUGUUGCUGUGGAAGCAAGUCACAAUCUUGUGGCUUACACGCUGUGGAGUGCCAACAACAGGCUGAUAGCUAGCAAACAAUCCGGCAUCGAGCUUCCUACAGAGCUUUCAACACAUCAAGCUACGAUUCAAGCAAGACAGCAAGCAGAGAAGAGAAUCAUUCGGACGAUCAUCACAACAGUCUUGAGUGAACACGUAGGCCUGAGAUGGCGGGAGCUCGCCCGGUACCUGGAUAUCAGGAAUGUCGAGUUGGACGACAUCGAACGAAGGUGUAACAUCAACCUGAGAGGUCUGAGGGAGAUGGCUGUGGAAAGUCUGCUGCUGUGGCUGGACAGGCAGACGUACUGGCCAAACAUCUUUGACGUGUGGUGGGCACUGCACAACAUGCAGAUGGUAGAUGUGGCAGAGCUAGUUUUGGAGAAGCUAACAGAGGAGAGAACUCUUGCCAACGUGACAGACGAUGUUGAGGAGAAAGACGACACAAACGUUGAAGAGGUGGAAGAAAAGAAGGAAGAGGAAAGCGUGGAGGAGAAGAAGGAAGAGGAAAGCGUGGAAGAAAAGACGGAUGAGAAAGGCAUGGAAGAAAAGAAAGAAGAGAAAAGGGUUGGGGCCAGCACUGUGACAGUUCGCAUGUCCUUUGUCAAAAGGUUCCAACAAUUGUUCAUAUCGUCACCAGUGUUUCGUUGGAUGAGGAAGUUCCGGUUUGACGCCUUCGUGUCAGCCAAUCAGCGUGACUUCCCCUGGGUGGAUGAGUGGGUCCAGCAGUUGGAGUCUCCACCACACAACCUCAAGAUCUGUGUCCACCACAGGAACUUCAAUAUUGGCAUGUCGACCGCACACAACAUCGACUGGGCAGUAGCGAACAGUAGGAAGAUUCUCAUAGUUCUCUCCCAGAACUUUCUGUCCAGUAACUGGUGUAAGGUUGAGCUCAAGGCAGCCAUUGAGAAAGAACUGAGUAGUGACAAGUACUGUGUACUGCCCAUUUUGAAGUCUGGGUGUGAGAUCCCUACUGAGUUAGCUCACCUGACAUACCUGGACUGUACAGACGGUACUGUUGAUGUAGCCAGGUUGGCAAGUGGCAUCAAAUCUAAAAUGAAGAAGAGGGCAAGCUUAGCCAGUUCACCCUAGGAAAAAUAUAUAAAGAAAUUGCACUCCCAGUCAUUUUAGCCAUAGUGUCACAAAUGGACGAAAACAAGUUUGUCAAAAGGCAGAUGUCAUGUACUUACAGACUGAUAAAUGUCGCCCUGUUGAACAACCUUUCCAGCGUCAAAAAGUUAUCAAUGUGUCAGGAAUUGUUGACAACAAAAAUGCCAAUACAUGUUAGAACUCAGUUGGGGUAGCAAAUGUGAUGCCUGGGAUCA